AUGCGGGUGGAGGUGAAGUUUGGUACACAGACAAUUGCCGUGGAGUUGCCGGAUGGCCCCACACCGCCAACUCUCUUGCAGCUCAAAGAGCAGCUCUGUACGCAGACGGGUGUUUUACCUAUGAUGCAGAAGCUUCUUGGCAAACCGAAACUGAACGAUCCCGAAAACGACGCCAAAUCACUUGAGCAAAUGGGCGUACGCAACAACGCAAGGUUGAUGCUUAUUGGCUCUUCCGUGCCGGAGGUGGUGUCAGUGAAUACCACUUCCGCCGCACAGAAGCAGCAGGAGGAGGAACGAGAGAAACUGCUACGAAAUCUUCCGCUGAAUAUUUGGCUGCUUCCAUCGUUUGCCGGCUUUAUGGCGGAUCCCUACGUGGAGGGGAAGGGCUUUUCACUGGAGGGCGGCGGGGUGGGGGUGGCGCUUCUGACACUUGACGUGGCGCUCACGCGUAUCAACACGCUGGGCGUGGCCACAGCAAGCGGUGGUGGGACCGCCGCUGCACUCUUGCAGUCUUUGGGAAACGAGGAGCAGGCGACCAUUUCCCACCCGCUGCUGCGGCAACUAAGUGCGGCAGAUCGUCAGGCCGUUCAGAGAGCACACGGUGCGCUGCGCCGCUGCUACUACUUUGCGCAGGAGGCGGAACAGGCGCAAAAACCAGAGCAGGUCCUUCCUGUUGUGAAGAAGGCCGUGUCAUCUGUAGAUGGACUUGCGGUAGGGGAGUGGCUUCUGCUUCCAGGUGGUUGGAACGGGUUGAAUGCUGCCAACGCCAUAUACCUGCUUAUUCACCGGCGUGGGCCAGAGAACUUUGACGUCGUUGUCGUGAAUCGUGGGCACGAGGGGAUGCCGUACCACCCGUCGUGGCAAACAGCGGAGAAAAUUGUGUCGUGUCCAAUUCUCCGCUUUGAGGGUGUAGCAAGCGCACGUCUGCUAGACCACACCUUUUGGCUGCUGUUGCUUUCUCUGUGGAUGCGUAGCAACGGGUCGGGUGCUCGGUCGGAGUUUAUCCGCGCGGAGGUGUUCUACGACGUGCUGCUGCCGUGGCUCGUGGAGAAGGGAGGCAAACACGCGGACCCGCCGCGGUUUGCGACGGAGAUGCUGCUUGGCACUUGUGAUAGUCGAACGGACGAGGAUGAUGAUACCGCCGCCAGGCAUUGUUUUUCUGCCGCCAUUCACGAGCAUCGAGCGACACCGGUGCGCAGCGCAUCGAGCGCCAUCAAAGGAGCCGUCACGGCAUUUGUGUACCUCUUGGAGCAGUAUGGUGUCCGUGCACGCUCUGUACAAAAAUCCAUAAAGUACGCGCUCAAAUACGAGUUUAUGAUGCGUGCAGCGGAGGAUCUCAGCGCGCUUGCUCGUCGCUUUAUGCGUUCCUAUACAACUGACAUCAACAGCAGUCCCGAGGCAAAUUUUGAUGAUGAGACGCGUACGGACGCUGUGGCCGGCAGUGAUGACACUCGACUUUUACGCAUCCGACGGGCGAUGCGGCAGCUGCGACUGGCCGGGGUUGACGACACGAUGUCUAGUGCCAACAUGGACGAUGUCUGGCGCACCGCAAGAGCAGCGAACAUCAUCUUGAAAAAUGCCAGAAACGUCAUCCUCACGCGGGAACACUUUAGAGGGAAGACGGUGCUUGUCUACUGCGGGGGGAUACAUGAGUCGUCAUGCAAGAAGUUUUCCACUCUUCUUGCGGAGGCACCACCACGACUGUUUGGUGCAUUAACGGGUGUUGAGAUUCUUUUUGUUAGCUGCGAUCGCGAUCUUCAUGCCUAUGAACAGCAUGCAUCAAUGUUUACAUUUGCCCGCGCCGCCUAUCCCUGCACGGAACUUCUAAAACUUUUGGACAUCAGCCAAAUUCCGGAGCUUCUUCUUUUUUCUUCCGAUGGUCGACUUGUGCAUCGGCGUGGGGUGGUCGCACUUCGCACAGACCCGGAAGCCACAUUGUUUCCGCGGGGCCCGUGGAGUGGCGCCACGCCCCUGACGGCAGUAGACGUGGCGAUGUUUCGCUGCAGCGCCGCCCAACUUGCACACCACACAAAUAAACGCCUUUCUGUUGAUGGCGGCACACUCACCGCGGAGGAUGCCACGCGUGUUUUGGAUCUGCUUAGUGCCGUGCAGCGGAUGGUGGAUGCGCUGCCCAAAGAGUCGCAAGCAACGAGAAGCGGCCUCUCCGCCAAUGGCCCAGCGGAUGUGUAUUCAAACAACACGCAGAUGCAAGAGGGAGAGGAUCAGUCAUUUCAGCUCUCGCAGCAGCGAUUUGUGACGGUGGAGGCAAGCACGUUCUCCAACGCAAGUCUUCUGCCGUCCGCAUCCACAGCGGCGUAUUAUGGGCAGGCGGUGCAGGCGGUUGUGCCGGAGCUGAAGGACAUCAGUGAUGUGCGCCGUGCCACGGGAUGGUCGGAGCUCGAUGUGGCACUCAGGCGCGCAGUGGAGGCCGUGGAGGCGUUGUGGUUGCGUGCACGUCACAGUGGCACAACAUCACGCGUGGCGAUUCAAAUGCACAUCAUUGAGCUUGUCUCGCGGUUUUUUUUGGAAAUUGUGCCCCUGCCACUUCCACGUGGAACCGACGCAUGCGCGGUGCCGAUUGAAGAGCAGCCGAUUGUGUCGAGUUUCUACACGGAAGAGCCACUUCCUGAGCCGAACUCUACGAACAACAACAACAGCGGAGGUGGAAGAGGUGAUGUUCAGGAAUGCAUACAAGAAAGCAUCUACUCUCUUGUGCUAUCGUACACUACUGCUUGGCAGGCAGUGGAGGUGCCGACGCGUGCGUUUGAUUCAGAACGGUGCCUGGUUGCCAUGGCUAUGCUUAUCGUGUAUGACGCAGCGGUCCGACGCAAAGGAGGCGGUGGACGAUGCAGUCUUCUUGCAUCCUUGCUAGAGAGUAACGGCGGUUAUUAUCUUUCCACCUCCAUUGGCAGACAAUCGCUGUCUUUUGCUUCUAUCAGUGCGACUCUGGAGUUGGUGCGACCGCAAUUCUUGCUGGCACGUUCCGCCAUUUUGCGCUACAUUGCAUUUCAGCAGCAGCACUACGCCCAUGAGUUGUUUGAUAUGCGCAUGUCGGAAAAUUUGGAGAUACGCAAGGAGAGCGUCACUGUGGAGUUUCUUCGCCGCUUUCUUGACCACUGCUCCUACAGUUUGCAUGACUUAGGCGGUUUUGCCGCUGCGGGUUCGGAGAUGGACACUCUGAUGCAGUGGCUCUGCAGCUCACGUACUCCACUGGCACGUGAGCAUCCUGAAUUUGCGCGGCUGCGGGACAUGGUGUUACUCACAAAAUUUCUUGCCACCAUGGAGAUGCGUGAUGCGCAGCUACUGCGUCGCCGCAAAGAAACGGACGAAUAUGCGACUUGGCGUCUUACCUUCGAUGAGGAUGCACCCGGGCGCCAGAUGAGCGCCGGCUGGCGUACAACCCCCUCCCCUCCGGAGUGGGAGUGUGUUCUGGUACGUGGCCGUGACAGUGACAUUGCCGACAUUGUCGUAAAGGGCUUUGGCGAUCGCGAGUUGCUUUACGGUGAGGGUCUUGUUUUACAGUCCCCCAUCGACGUCAGUAUCCUUCUCUCCGUGGAGCACCCCACCGAGGACGAUGUGCUGCAUGCCACUUCUAUGCCAACCUUUGAUGGCACAAUGAGUGAGGAGGAGUCUGAGAUUUUGUUGUCAUGUCUGACGGUGCCCUAUGUGCGACUGCCGCUUGUUCUUGACUUUUUUGCUUCACAGGACCGUUAUGCGUAUCUCUUUACAUCCGCCCUACAGAAUGUGUUCCGUGCGGUGAUUUUUGAACCCUCCGUGUUUGUUGCGCCGGAGACGCUGCAGAAGGCAAAUCCGACUAUGGUGCCAAUGCGGCUCACUGAGCAGCAGCGAAAGGUCAUUGAAUUGCGUCACUUGCGUGGCGACUUCUCGGUGGAGAACUUUGAGUCGUGUCUCGGCACCACGUACGGCCUGCUGCUGAACGAAUUACGACAUAGCCCCGCGUCUGUGCUUGAUCCGCUGCGCCGUAUCCUUGAAAGUGUUUUGGAAAUUGGCCCCUCUUCUGUCUACAGCGCGAACGCACCAUAUGUAUUGUUUAUUGUGGGUGUCGUGUGUGAUGUGCUUGCCUUUGGUAAUAUUGUGCGUGGAUGGCCGUCGCUAGAGGGUUCGGCGCAACUGGAGACGCUUACGGCCUACCAGACAUCGAUGCUGCGGUUCCUUCUCACGACAGUACAGCCCACCUUAAAGGAGUGGUGCCGUGAGGGCGAAGAGAAUGAUGACACCCCGACGCAGUGCGUGCUGCAGAGUUAUUUGGGCGUCAUUUAUCGUGCGGCGUGGAAGAUGGCACUGACGACGGAGUGUUUGUCUUCACCCUCUCGAAACGAACACGAUGUUGAUGGGGAGAGUGGUCAGCAGCGUGGUGCGGACAUCUCGCCUUUUUCUUUUAGCACAAUGGCAUCCCAUCAGCACUUGGUGUCUCUUCUUGAGUCGUGCGCCUUUGUGCGAGCCCGACACAGCUUUGGUAUGGGCAUGCAGCGCACACAACUCACCGCACAGGAGGGGGACAGUCUUUUGUCCCCGGAGGAGAAGUUGCAGCGAUUCCUGCAGGCCCAGGGUCUUGACACCUCCAGAAAUUCGAGAAAAUUACUGGAGCAGGGGAAGCAGUUGAUGCUUAGCGGCGGUCGCCGCCGCGCCGUCUUUGUGCAGAUCCGCGGCCGCUACCAUAACGACACGGUGCGGCUACCGAAUCUUUUUCGUAGCGACGCCCGCAGUACUACGGAGUCGCGGCGGCUCAAAAUACCGCCAGCGGAUGUGCCGGAGAAUGUCGUCUUUAGUUACCUACUGGAGGAGUUGCACACCAUUGUUGGAUACCUGCAAUCACUUUCCGCGACCGAACUCUCUACCCUUUUUCAGCGUAUCGUACGGACGGUGCUCCGCGAUCACAUUCACGACAACAAGAACGUCACAAACGAUGGUGCUGCUGAGAGCAUGGAUAGUAAUAAGUUGUCGUUAUUGACUCACAGAGGCCCCGGUGCAAUUUGCCCGCAUCUAUCCAACGAGGAAACAACAGAAACAUUGUGGGAAUUGUGUUCGCCUGGUGUCUACCGCGGACCUGCUUCAACUGGCCUUGUUUUUUAUGUGCACACAUGUGAGCUUUUCUGGCGCAACGAUGAGCUUAAGCCGGUGCCUGAUAGCAUGUCGCACUUUACGGACUUUGAGACAAUCCUUGGUCACGAUGUGCUGCAGUGUGGCCUUGUGAUGCGUCACGAACACCGUCACUGGGUGCGUAUUGUCGGUACGCCGUUUGAUAUCAUUGAGUGGACAGCGCCAAGCCCACUGGAUCAGGGCGUUUACUCCCCGCUUGCGCUGCAAGGGAAUCUUCCAAUAGAACCGGUUCUCUCGGCGUCGUACGACCACGUGAUAUUUGACCGCGUUGUGGAUGUGUACGAUGAGGCACCAUGGCCGGUACGUGCGGAGCGGUGGGCUGUGGACAUUGUGCGGGCGGUGCUACGAGAGGUGUUUCCGGCGGGUGGCAUGAAGUACUUUCCCGUCGCAGAGGCACGUGUCAAUGCGCGGCAGGAACGGCAGGACGAGGGAGUAGAAAGUGAGGUGCGUGUGAUGCGCUUUAUCAUGAACGACUCCCCUCAAUAUGAAGAAGGGGAUCGGGCAACGUGGAAGGAAUUGAUUGCGUACAAACAUCCUGUUCCGCAUUUUCAUGUGUUUAACCUCAUUUCCCACGCACGCAAGAUGUACCGCUCCCUUGUGUUCACAUCCAAUCAGCGCUACUGUCUGCACAGUCUCCCGAUUGUGGUGCGGCCACGACAGCGUGAAGAACUGCACCUUACGGCGUUUCAGGCAGGGGACUUGAUGCGGCGAGUACGGUGUGAGGGUUGUAUAGAAAUCCAUCGCUACAACUCCAGUCUUCAUCUGCGGGAAAUGUACCUGCCGGCGCGAUUGCUCCAGGGCCUGUUGCCCAGUGCGUUACUUGAGGCAUUUCUAUUCUGGCAGGACGAGGACGAGGACACUGUCAUUCGUGGCUACACCAUGGGUGAGGCACAGGACUACUGGUUUAAUUACGCCCUGGAGGUGCGACUACGGCCUGGGAAGGGCGACUGCAUCGUCAUGCGCCUGGAUGACGCAUCACAUCACCUCACAAGUCGCGACAAGAGUGCGACGGGGAGGAACACGGUUGAGGAGAAUGAAGAGGAAGGCGAUGAAGACAUCAGCAGCGCCCAGGUGGCGUUGGUGCGAAGUGCAUUGUUGUCCUUAUCGGACGCGACAUGUCGCUGGUUGCUGCGGCAUGUGCAUGGGGACGUUACGGCGGCAAUUCAGUGGGCGUCUGAUCCCACCAACUACGACAGUAUUACCGCCAUUGAGGAGAAAGAACAAAGGGCCGCGGGUAAUGAGGAGGUGACCAGGAAUGAAGAGGCAGCAGAAGGACUGGGCCCGAAUGUUCAUGCGGGGGAGAAACAGAAGGAGGGAGCCUUCAGAGAUAGUGACCCGCAACAGGACUUUAGAGGAGAAGGCCGGCAGGCGGAACAUAUCGUGUUGCUGAAUCUCCUGCAGAAUCCCGCGCUUUCCCCUUUGCUGCAGCUGUUAACGAAGUUGGAGGACUGUUCACAUAUUUUGGUGUGGGGCCGCGUGUCAUCGCAGCAGCCACCGCUCAAAGAUGACGAGGAGCGCCUGGACGAGGAGGAUACGUCGACUUUGGCGGAUGUCGUGUCCAUUGAACUUCCACGACUUCGUGCGAAGUUUCAACCACAAGUUGACACCGCCACGGGCCAGCUGCGCCUGCAUCUUGUCGAUCACCCCGGUUGGUAUGUGGCUGAAGCGCAUGACAUGCCACGAAAUCUGCGGGAUGAAAGCGUUGGCGGCUUUUUGCAGCAUCUUCGGCGGCCCUUUCAGGAGUGUCUGACACUUUGCAACAACACCAAUGGGUUUGCGCUUAUGGUGCCGAACCAUGAAUUUACCGCAAUGGAUGUGCGGGAUGACCCAUUUAGCCCACUGCUGCUAUUCGAUCGUUCCUCUUUGCGCUGGCAGGAA